AUGGCCCAUGUUUCGUUCAAAAGCAAAGAUGUGGACGGCGGUAUGUCCCGAUGGUCUGAGUAUCUAAGUGUUGAAGAACCAAUUCCUUCGGCAUUGGCAACCUGGAGGAACAUGGGUGUUGAUGGGCCGCAAGGCUCUUCUGCUGGUGGCCACAAACAUCUUCAGAUGGAGCCGGUGGUUCAGCUGUCAAAGGUUGCAGAAGGCUUGCUGGCCAAAAUAUAUCGGCUGAACAGCAUCCUGGACUAUCCAGAUCCAAACACGCACACGUUCUCAGAUUCAUUUUGGAAAGCUGGUGUCUUUCCAAAUUUCCCAAAAAUUUGCAUCACGAUGUCAAAAAAGUUUCCUGAGCAUCCAAACAAGCUGCAGCUGGAAAGGGUAGAUAAGUUUGCUCUUGAUGCUUUAAACGAGAAUGCUGAAGGUUACAUGCACAAUCUUGAGCAGUGGAUCCUGUUGCUUCUUGAUUUGCUGGCAUUUCGUGAACAAGCUUUGCGACUUAUUUUGGAUUUGAGCAGCACGGUCAUAACAUUGCUGCCACACCAGAACUCUUUAAUUCUUCAUGCUUUUAUGGAUCUGUUCUGUUCAUUUGUCCGAGUGAAUCUUUUCUCUGACAAGAUGCCAAGAAAGAUGAUCCUCCAGGUUUACAACAUCUUGCACAUAAUGCUAAAGGAUGGUCGUGAUUUUGAGUUUUAUCACCGAUUGGUUCAAUUUGUGGAUUCUUAUGAUCCACCUAUCAAGGGGUUGCAUGAAGAUCUUAAUUUUGUGAGCCCAAGAAUUGGAGAGGUCCUGGAAGCUGUUGGCCCAAUUAUCUUUCUUUCAACUGAUACAAAGAAGUUAAGGAACGAAGGUUUCCUCAGUCCAUUUCAUCCACGUUAUCCAGACAUCCUAACAAAUUCCGCCCACCCAAUGAGGGCCCAAGACUUGGCUAAUGUCACAUCAUACCGUGAGUGGGUUCUUCUAGGAUAUCUUGUUUGUCCUGAUGAACUACUUAGGGUUACCAGUAUAGAUGUUGCCAUGGUUGUUCUGAAAGAGAACUUAAUACUUCCUCUGUUCAGAGAUGAGUACAUCUUACUUCAUGAAAAUUAUCAACUUUACGUUCUUCCAAAAGUUCUAGAAUCAAAGAGAAUGGCUAAAUCUGGCCGAACUAAGCAAAAGGAAGCUGAUCUGGAGUACAAUGUUGCAAAGCAGGUUGAGAGAAUGUUAACGGAAGUGCAUGAGCAAGCGCUAGUGUCAUGCGAUGCUAUGCAUCGUGAAAGGAGAAUUCUUCUUAAGCAGGAAAUUGGAAGGAUGGUUUUAUUUUUCACAGAUCAACCUAGCCUCCUAGCACCUAAUAUUCAGAUGGUCUUUUCUGCUCUUGCUUUGUCUCAAUGCGAGGUGAUUUGGUACUUCCAACAUGUGGGGGUUGCAGCAUCAAAAUCUACUCGAGUGAAAACUGUUGACAUUGAUGCGACAGACCCAACUAUUGGUUUCUUACUAGAUGGAAUAGGCAAACUUUGUUGCCUGGUUCGUAAAUACAUAGCAGCAAUAAAAGGUUAUGCGUUAUCAUAUUUGUCAUCCAGUGCUGGAAGAAUACGGUUCUUGCUUGGUACUCCAGGAAUGGUUGCUCUUGACCUAGAUGCAACACUGAAGGGCCUUUUUCAGCAAGUCCUCCAUUGUCUGGAGAACAUUCCAAAACCUCAGGGGGAAAGUGUUCCUGCCAUUACCGCUGACUUGACUGAUUUGCGUAAGCACUGGCUCUCCAUUUUGAUGAUAGUCACGUCUUCACGAUCCUCGAUAAACAUUAAGCACUUGGAGAAGGCUACUGUGUCUACUGGGAAGGAAGGUUUAGUGUCAGAAGGCAAUGCUGCAUAUAAUUGGUCAAGAUGUGUGGAUGAACUUGAGAGCCAACUCUCCAAACAUGGAAGCCUUAAAAAACUCUACUUUUAUCAUCAGCAUCUUACCACAGUCUUCAGAAAUACAAUGUUUGGCCCAGAAGGUCGUCCACAGCAUUGUUGUGCUUGGCUUGGAGCAGCUUGCAGUUUUCCAGAAUGUGCUUCUGCAAUUAUUCCUGAAGAGGUUAACAAAAUUGGCAGAGAUUCUAUCUCUUAUGUGGAGUCCCUUAUUGAGUCUAUCAUGGGUGGAUUGGAAGGUUUGAUAAAUAUUCUAGAUUCAGAAGGUGGAUUUGGCUCAUUAGAGAUGCAGCUUUCCCCAGAGCAAGCAGCUCUUCGCUUAAAUAGCACAACAAGAGCAAAAGGUGUUUCAAGCUUGUUAACUCCAGGACAUGAGAGCUAUCCUGAUAAUAGUUCAUCAAUUAAGAUGCUGGAAGCUGCUAUGCAAAGGCUGACAAGUUUGUGUUCUGUUCUAAAUGACAUGGAGCCUAUUUGUGUUCUCAACCAUGUUUUUGUUCUACGUGAGUACAUGAGAGACUGCAUCGUAGGAAAUUUCAGGAGAAGAUUUCAUAGUAUGAUUAGAACUGAGAACUGCAUUCAGCGACCAUCAAUCAUAGAAUCUCUUCUAAGAAGACAUCUGGGCAUCAUCCAUCUAGCAGAGCAGCAUAUUAGUAUGGACCUUACUGAAGGCAUACGUGAAGUGCUGCUAGCAGAGAGUUAUACUGGUCCAUUUCCUAAUCUGCAAAUGUUUGAGACUCCAGUGGGGACACAAGGAGGGGGAUCUGCUGUUGAGACGAUAUGCAAUUGGUAUAUUGAGAAUGUAGUAAAGGAUGCUUCUCGCAUUGGAGUUGCUUUUGAUGCAAUCCAAAAUUGCUUCAGGAGCUCACAACCUAUUGGUGGUGGAUGUUUAGCUGAAGCAUUUACAGAUAAAAGAGAACUUAAAUCACUUGUUCGUCUUUUUGGUGGCUAUGGAAUAGAUAAAAUGGAUAAGAUGCUAAGGGAGCAUACAUCUGCGCUUUUAAAUUGUAUUGAUUCAGCAUUGAGGUCACAUCGUGAUGCCCUAGAGGGCCUAGCUGGAAGUGUAAAUUCUGGCGAUAGGAUUGAAAGGGAUGCGAAUCUGAAGCAAAUUAUUGAUCUUGAAACAUUGACUGACCUCUGUAUUCAAGCAGGGCAGGCAAUAACUUUCCGUCGACUGUUGGUUGAGGCUGUUGGAGCAGUCCUUGAAGAGAAAGUACCUCUCAUAUAUUCUCUGCUCAAAGGAUUAGCCUUGCAGUUGCCAGACGAGGUACCUGAUAAAAAUGAGAUAAUUAGAUUGAGAAAGGUUGCAAGCAGUGUUGGUGUUGGUGACAAACAUGAUGCUGAGUGGGUACACUCAAUUCUGGCCGAAGCUGUUGCAGCUAAUGAUAAUUCUUGGAUCCUACUUCCAUACCUUUGUGCUGCAUUUAUGGUGUCCAACAUUUGGAAUGGUGCUGUUUAUGAUGUCAGUAUAGGUGGAUUCAAUAACAAUUUGCACUGCCUAGCAAGGUGUGUAAGUGCUGUGGUUGGGGGAAGCGAAUACACUAGGGUCGAAAGGGAGCAGCGAAUAAAUUCUCUUUCAAAUGGGCAUACAGAUGAGCUGCAAGAGGCUGAGUUACCAAGCCGUGUCUCAGCAGAAGCGAAUAUUAAAUCUUCUAUGCAGAUCUAUGUCAAAUUGUCUGCAGGGAUCGUCCUGGAUUCAUGGAACGACACUAGAAGGCCACACAUCGUUCCAAAGCUGAUAUUCCUGGAUCAACUCUGCGAGCUGUCCCCCUACCUCCCAAGGAGCACCUUAGAAGUUCACAUACCAUACACCAUCCUGCGCUCAAUAUACCACCAGCUAUACGGAGCCUCACUGAUGGCCUCGGAACCGAUGGAGCAAUCCCCAAGGCAGUCACCUCUGAUCUCUCUAGCGCACGUCCCCGUCCACAAGGCAAAAUCGACCGGAGACAACUCCCAGGUCUCACACCUUCGAGCCAAGCUACUACAGCUCGUCGGGGUCCCAGCACGAUGA